GUUCAGUCCUAGGUAUCCGCCGUCCAGGAAUUCGCUUACUGCGCAUUCAAAUUCAUCUUCAUUCUUCUGCGGGAACUAUAUCAUAGGAUGUAUCCAAAGGAUUGCCUCCGACAGCUUUGCUUAUGAGAGCCUCACAAAACCCCCGCUUUCAAUCUUCAGCCGCAAACCACAGUCGCAACCACACAGAGGCUCGUACCAGUCACGCAUGGUCUUGUCCGUUGUAAAUAGGCAGUCAAACACAUAGACAUGCCAUGCUUCCAACCGAGUCCCUUGGAUGGAUUGGCUUUCAAGCACUGAAGGUGCGCCUGGCGGGUCGACUUGCGCCGUUUACGAGUCGCAAAGCCAGCGUGGAUCGUCCCACCAGGAUUCAAAACGACGCUGAUUUAUUAGAUUGCGACCUUCGCGACAUCCUAAAGACAGCAACUUUGGACGUCGACCUCUCAGUCGAGGACUACCAGGAUUUACACCAGAGGGUACAUGGUCUUUUGGUGUCUCUCAAUCAUAUGGUGAAUGAAGAGGUUAUUGCAGGAUAUGCGGACGAUGACAACUCUCUUGGCGAUUCUCACGAUAUUGCCAAAGUCGGCAGCGUCUACCCAAAGUUAGCUGCGCUAAUGCUUUUCCUCGAUGCAUCAAACCACAGCCAAUUCGAUUUAUUAAGCGACCCAAGCUCGUCUCUUUUUAUCCUGCCUUCCGGUGCGAUCAAGAACCAAGCUAUAAGCCAGGUGGCGGCUUGGAAAGCAGUUUUACAGCGGUUGAUAGCGAGAUCCGAUCAAUCACAGAGCCGAAAUGACGCUUUCCAGCCACAGAUGCGUCUAGAUGAACCAAAGCCCAAGCUGCAUCAAAAUGCCCUGCCGCGAAAUCCAGUGGGCGUUGUCGUGGACGCCAUUUUCAAGGAAUUUCAACAAGUAAAUUGCGGCAUGACACACGAGAUUAAGUUGAGAGUCUUGGAGGAAUCGCAUACCGACUCAAGCCGACCGAGGAUCGAAAUGCUCAUGUCGUGUUGCCAGUCUGGGUGCGGUUGGCAGGAGGCCGUUUGCGACUCUAUUCAGGCCCCGAUGAAUCUCAGGAAGAAAAAUAAUAUCUGCAUCGCUAUCCACGAAACAUGGAAGCAACGUACAAAACUUCGCCUAUUCUUUGACCAGAGAGGACUAUUCGAUAUUACGGACGAGGAGCCGCCGAUGGCCACAUCCCUUCAGGACUACGAAGAAGAAACUCUAAAUUCGUUAUUCGAUAAAAACAUGUUCCGUCCAAUCAGUCCCGGAGCUUAUCUGCAAGGCUUAGCCAUAGAAAGAUUUGAUCACAAAGAGAAGACGUCUUUAGCCUUGGCCCUAGCCAGAUGUCUCAUGGUCUUUUUCGACAAAAGCCUUGAGCGCGCAUUUUGUAACUGGAAUGCCGACAGCAUAUUUAUCAUGCGUUCGGCUCGUUCUCAUGGAGAGCCUCCGUGGUGGCAUAUCUUGGUGAGAUCACGCCCUCCUACCUUCAGGCAACCUAAUAUUCACGAUAAAAUCGGCCCUGGCAAUCCGAUUCUCCUUUCAUUUGCCAAAUUGUUGCUGGAGAUUGUCAAUGGGGAGCCGAUAAAACUCGAGGUCGAUCCACAAAACAUUACCAAAAAUAUUGGGAAUUGGGCUCAGAUGUGUGGCUACGUGGAAGAGGCGCGACAAGACCGGAACAGCUUCUAUCUUCAAGCUGUUCAAGGAUGUUUGUAUCUACACAUGCACCUACAAAGAGGCCAAGAUGAACAAAAUGUUUUGUCAGGUACUGCCAUGAGGGAGGUUAUCUAUGAACAGAUUGUCCGGAACUUAGAGAAGGAGCUUCAUCCUGAGGGACUAAAGCGGAAACGCCGAGGAUCAUUUUCUGAACCUUCUCAAUCCAACAAAGUAUACAUCGCAGAACCUUUGCAACUGGACAAUCGUCAUGAAGAAAGCUUUACGUCUCGGCUUAGGAAAAAUCCUCAGAGUGUAUUAUGUCACAAAAGCACAAACGAUUAUCCGUCUCCACGGAUCUUACAACGGAGCACAUCCAACUUUUCCAGCUUCAACAGUUCGGAAGCUCUCUCAAAUAAUUUUUUUCGCUCUGCAACCAUGACACUCAUGGCUCCUCCAGACCGCGACCACUUUGACGUUGCGAUUAUCUGUGCCAUUCCUACGGAAUAUAAUGCCAUUUGUCAAAUGUUUGACGAGUUUUGGGACGAGGACGGUGAUCGCUAUGGCAGAGCUGCCGGUGAUCUCAAUACCUACACAACAGGCCGCAUUGGCAAGCACAAUGUCGUCCUUGCGCUUCUCCCACAGAUGGGAAAGUCAAACGCCGCAGCCGCAGCCGCUAGCUUCAGGUCAAGUUAUAACAACGUCGAGCUGGCGCUACUUGUGGGCGUUUGCGGAGGCGUGCCUCGCGCUGGUUCCUUUGCAGAGGAUGAGAUUCUCCUUGGCGAUGUGGUGAUUAGCAGGGCAGUUGUCCAAUACGACUUUGGCAGGAAAUAUCCCAAUGGAUUCGUGCGCAAGAGCUCUUUUCAGGACAACCUAGGCAAAGCUUCAAAAAAUAUCCAAGGUCUCUUAAAUAAUUUUGAGACUGAUCGGGGAAUAAGUCUACUUCAAAGACAAACGGCGCAGUUCUUGACACAGCUUCAAAGCGCGGGGCAGAGCAAGAAUCGACGAACACUUACCAAGUACCGAUAUCCUGGGACGCUCAAAGAUAGGCUAUUUAGGCCGGAUUAUCGUCACAAGCAUCGCGGCUUACGGGCUAGCACUUGCACUAUUUGUAGCAGUGACACUAAUGCUGUUUGCGAAGAGGCUUUGAAUGAGACUUGUGAGGCACUGGGAUGCGAAGAGAGUUAUUUAGUUGACAGGGAACGCCUCCAGGAAAAACAAGAGCUUGAAGAGAGCAACCACGAAGAGGCACAGGAACCCGCGAUUCACAUCGGCACUGUCGCAUCAGGCGAUACAGUUCUGAAAUCCGGAGAAGAUCGCGAUAACAUUGCCGCAAAAGAAGGCGUUAUUGCCUUUGAGAUGGAGGGCGCUGGAAUUUGGGGAGAGAUUCCCUGCAUUAUUGUGAAGGGAGUCUGUGAUUACGCUGAUUCUCACAAGAACAAGAGGUGGCAGGAUUUUGCUGCUGCAACUGCAGCUGCAGCUGCAAAGGCUCUUUUACACAGAUACCCCAAGACAGAGAAGGCGAGAUAUGAGUGAAUUGAAGCAUUAAAAUUGUAUGAAUAUGUUC